AUGAUGAAUGUGUUCACUGAAGGAGUCCUGAAUGCAAGCAUAUCCACAGGUCGGACGCGCAUUGUCAGCUGUCUGGCCCAGCAAGGCCAUCCGCAGCCCGAGCUGCAACGCAUCGCUCCCAACCGGCGCGGUGUGCUUCUAGCUCUCCUUCCCUACCUCCCAGCGGCAGCGGCCUUUGCCACCGAUACCGAUGCGGGUCCUGUGCCUCUCCCUCGCCCGGUGAUCGAGCCCGGUAAGGCUCCCGACCAGUCCAAGUACGACCCCACGGUGGGUCAGGCACUACUGGUAGAGCACGGACCAUUGCCCCGGGGAGAUCCCGGGAUCGAGACCUGUCAGGGUCGAAAAUCCUUCCGAUGGUGGAAGGACCCCGACCUCCGCGAGGCCGCCGCUCUGCUUCAAAAGGCCCUCAACGCCGCCACCGUGGAGGAGGAGGAGCGGUUGUGGACCCAGGUCAUUGACAUGUACGGACAACUUGACAAACCCUGGGUGCCGGAUGUGGUAUGGGGGGGGAGGAGAGGCGAAUCGGGGGGAGGGGAGGGGGCUGGGUGGAUGAGGGGGGGGGGGAGGGGUGUAGCUCUGGAGGCCCUGGGUCGCUGGUCCGAGGCGGUGGAGGACUACCGGGCGGUGCUGCAGGCCGCACCUCUGGACCCCGCGGGCUGGAACAAUCUGGGGAAUGCCAUGGGCCGCACGGGAAACGACGGCCGGCACGCAACAGCGCUUGUUUGGCGCUCCAACUAG